AUGGAAAUAAGAAACGGAAACAAAGAUAAAUCCGAAAGCUCGUCUCUUUCCUCAAAGAAAGCAAUGCAAGAAUCGAAAAUUGAGGACCCUUGUGAGAUAUGUGGAAGUGUGGGCAUUGCUGGUUUGAUGAUGAUAUGUUUCAAGUGCAGACAUACACGCGAGCAUACUUAUUGCGCAAGGGUGGUACUAUCACCUGUCCGUGACAUUUGGCUAUGUGAAGCGUGCCGGUUACCAUCUCGCGUAUUGUUCAUAUCGCAUGAGGAUCUAAUGGAUUCAGAAACCGCUGUUGCUGAUCCAAAGAACACUAGCAACUCAAGAGUAGAUGAUCGUGGAACUGCUAAACUAAGAGCUAAUGAUAUGGAAGAAGUUGUAGAUACCCAUGAGGCAUCAACAAGAGUGAUGCAUCUACCUUCACAACCACAUACACGUCCACUAGCUAAAGAAACUUUGUCAUCUCAAAACAAGGAGCAGCACCAACCAACUCAGUCCUUUCCUAAAAAACGCAGGACGAUUCGGGUGAUGGGCAAACACCUUUCACAGUCACAUGAUGGGACUCAGAUCUCUCCUCUGGAUCAAUCUUUAACAGGAGUGCGUGCCUCACCAAAGUACAGAAGCAAGGAUUAG